AAAUCCAGCACUGGAAUUCAAACUUCCGAGGAAAUUGUUUCCAUUCCAAGUGAGUCUGCAUCCUCGAAUAUUGAACCAUCUUCUACACCCGAUUCAACCCCAACAGGCCUCUUUCUGCAUCUAGAAGAUGGGGAAGAUACGGAUGACGAACUUCGUCAAUUUCGUUCUAAAAAAUUAAAGAAUGUGCUUCAUCGAAUGGCAAAUUCAGCAUUGUUGAGUGGAAGUCAUCGAUACCACCCCUACCUCACUGGAGAACACAACUCUCUAGAUGAAGUAGCCACUGGCUUUUCUGAUGUGAUGAACUUCUAUGAUGAAGUUGAAGAGGAAGAAGAGGAAGUUGAAGAGGAAGAAGAGGAAGUUGAAGAGGAAGAUUCUGAUUCUGAAAAUGAUGAUGAUGAGAAUGCUGUGCCAGCAAUCUCUUGUAAAAGACAUAGCAACCGCUAUGCAAUAAUUGAAAGACGAAGAGGCCACUAUGAGGUGGAAAUUGAAGAGGAUUCUCCACAACAACCACCAUCGCCGCAACCUCAAGUGCAAAAAACUCAAUUGCACGAACCUAUAUUGCUGCAACCUCUACUGCAGCAGGUUCCGAAUCCUGUAGGUGAUUACCGGUCUCCGCAUAUCGUUCGCCUAAGACCAGCAGAUGUUCCACCUGUUGCGGUUCCACCAAGACGUUCGACUAGAAUUGCCCAAGUAGUUCAACGGUAUGUUCCCGAAACAAGGUCACUGGAUCUACUGAGAGAAAGUGCCUCCGGACGAUUGAUGACUUGAUUACAUUGAUGCCUAGCCAACGAACGAAGUCAGCAUAUACGUAGCCUGCGAACUAUGAUGUGCAUCAAAAGCAGUUAAGAGAUUUAUAUGUAUUUUCAUCCUUUAAGAAUAUAAUACUUUUUUAAAAAAUAGCCCAGGAUUUUUUUAAGUUGAGUGCAGAAUCACCCAAAAAGAAUUUUUUUUUUAAUUCCAUGAAAUGGUUAUAACUUUAUGAAAAAAGUUGCAUUUCACAAAUAGUGCAAUGCAUUACUGUGUUAACGAGAACUAUUGUUGCUUCGAAUUUAUGAACUUAAAAUCAAAAAAAUUUUAAAAGUCAAAUGAGCAUAGUACCUAAUUGAAGGGAAAUAUUAAUCAAAUUUUUUUUGGAGUAGCGGGAAAAAGAUACAAAUAAAAGGACAAAAAUAAUUGAGGGGAAAAAAAUCUCUCCCGCGCAAUCUCAUCCUAUGUAAGUCAUUGAUACCAUUACAUUUACUUCAGAACUUGCUUUUAAGCAAUCAUCCUUUGUUCUUAGCAGCAAUAAGCAUCACAAUCGCGUCCCAGAGUCUUUGAAAUUUAAAAGAGAGGCAAAUAAACAAAGAAUAAUUUCUAGAGACCCAGAAAUACUUGCAGUCCUUGCAAUCUCCUAACAUAGCACCUUUUGGAGAGAGAAAAACUUUUAUGAAAAAAGAGUAGUUCCGUUUUUCAUAGUUUUAGGUCUGAACUAUUUCAACUGGAUCAUUUCCUUUCUAAACAUUCUGUCAAUUUAAAGUAUAAUUAAAUAAUUUGCUUAACUUUAUAAAUGUGUAUUAAACAUACCUUUAAUCCAAAUACGUGAAUAAAAAAUCGCCGAAAAAAUUUAGAGGAUUUAUUAAAUCCUGAUAUUCACUACACUAUUCUUUCGCAAAAAAAAAUGGCGUAAUGCUUGUGCUGUAAGAUGUUAACACACUUUUAGGAAAAAGCAACAAAAUAAAACAACUUUUCUCUUUAUACUGAGUUUGAUAUUUUUUCUGUUAUUAAGAGCAAAAAUGUGGAAAAGACAAUAAUUAGGUGCAAUCGUAGAGUUUAGAAUUGAGGGAAAUAAAAGAGUACUUUUGAAAAUUUAUAGAAAUAAUUAUAGAUUAAUAGUUAUUCGGGUUACUUUUCAGAGUGUAUUUAAUUUUUCUUUAUAUCAACUUGAAUAAGAGUUAGGUACAGUGUCCGUCACGUAUUAAAAUCAAUGGAUUAUUAAAUAAGUGCCGCUUUUUGAAAUUAAAUCUGCCAAUACAUUAUCAAAAUAGGCCAAAACUAUCCUUUAAUGUAAUCAUUAUCACCGGUUUCUAAAUUCAAAUCUUUGUAAAUUCAAUUGUAUAAUUCUAUCCCCUACAAAAAAAGAGGAAAUAAUUUACAGAUUUAAUUUGGACAACUUAGGCAAAUUAAAGGGGACGAAGUUAGUAUGAAACAGAGUGUAAUUAUUUAGGAGUUUAAAAAAAACUACCAUCAUUAAUGAUCGUUAAGGUAAAUCUAUGUUCAAUAAAUGACUAAAAAGGUAUAGUUUUAAAUACACUUAACAGCAAAAUAAAGUUUGAAAAACUAUAAUAAAACUUUAAUUUCAAACUUUACUAGGCAAUUAAUUUAAGUUUUAAACUAUUCUGUAAAUUAUUAAUGCAAUUCAUGUUUAAUGUGAUAAAUAUCAAUAUAGAAAUGCAGCAAUUAAUUUAACUUUUCAUGCCUUGUAAAGAUUAAUUUCCCUGAAUCUUUUUUUUCUUAAAUGUGUCUAACUUAUGGAUUUGGCACAAUGUUCUCGCAACGAUUUUAGUGGACGGUUGGCUUCCACGGAAUGCUUAAAUGUUAUUUAUGCACAUUCCAUUUCAGUCCUGUAGAUUAAUACACCUUUUAUUACAAUAAUAAUGAACUAACAAUUGGAAGAAGGUUAAAAAAAAGUGUUGUUUGUUAAAUCGGAAUUUGCCUAGGAGUGCUUUAACAAAUUAUCUAUUAAAUUAUCUAUUUUAAAUGAACAAUAUAUUUAUAUCAGGGUAUUACUCUUAGCAACAGCCACACAUUUUUGGAGAACAAAGCUACGCAGAUUACAUUUUUUUUUUUUUUUUGCCUUUCCAGUUGGAUCAUCAAAGAAAAGUAUAAAUGUUGGCUCAUUUAUGCAUCGUAUGGAUCACUUUUAAACGCUAUUUAUUUUGCAAGAUUUAAAAUUACCAAAAAUGGAUCCUUUUUUGCAUACAAUUUGUUAAAAAUUUUAAAGUUAUUAUUUUGUUUAAUAUUUCAUUGAAUUUCUAAACAACCUUAUGCGGAAAAAGCUUACACAAUUUCAAUAAGAACGAUUCAUUAUUUUUUGCAUUAUUACAGCAUUUUUUUAUAGAAAUUACACGUAAUUCGGCUAUCACUAUUGCGUGGCUCUUUUUGAAUUCUAGAAAUUCUAUUGCCACGCUUAUGAGGAUGCAGAGAUGAUAAUUAUGGACACAUUUGAAAUAGAUUUACACGCAUUUUUUAUUAUAGAAAUUCCAUGAACAGAGGAAAUAAUUAAGGCCGAUGAAUAUCUUCUCUUCCAAAUAGCGUGUCCAAUUAAAAAUACCUUUAAAAAAUAAUAUAGUACUAAAAUAGCAAUUUUUGUUAAUAUCCCAAAAUGUAUCGUUUUUUUUUUUUUUUUUUUUUUUUUGUUCUUUUUUGUUUGUUGAAUUGAAUGGUUCAAUAGAUCCAACCCUGGUUGUCACGAAAUGACAACGGCUUUGAGAGAUCUUUUGUCGAGACGAAAAGAUCUGGAUGGAUAAUUAAAUGAUUAAAAACAGUAUUUUACAAGUUGACUCUGUCAAUGCAUAAGUAUUUGGCUACCUCAAACUAAUUAUUUUAUAUUUUAACUGCAAGAAAGUUAAAAGAAAUUGAAAACAUUAAAUUGCAUAGGAAAUGUUAUACCGAUUUUCAAAUUUUUUGUAGAAAGGUACUAUAAAUUUAUCAAUCAUACUGAAGCGUCUGAAAAUGUUUUCUUUGUUUUAAUAUUUAUAUAGUUCUUUUAAGUGAUUUCUGGGGGUGAGUUCAAAAACAUAGUUUUUAAAUUUCAAGUAUCUGACAGACAAAACGGAAUAGAUUGCGACGAAUAGAUUAGAUUGUUAUUGUUUAGAUGAAUGACUGCUUCUAACCAACGUUAUUUUUUUUCUUCCAUUCAUUAUUUUAGUAUUACGUUAUUCCAAACGUUUUUUGCAUACUUUAUUGUAAACGUUAACUUAAUAAAAUGUUCUUACCAUAAAAUUCUUCACAUUGUAACAGCCACUUUCAGAAGAACUACAGGGGAUAUUAUAUGGAGCGCCGAUUGUACACAAAUGCCUAUCCAUCUAUCUUUUUUUUAUAUAGAAAGUGUUCAAAAGUCAAGUAGAUUAAAGUCGAUAAUUUAUGGUUUAUUAACGUUUGACGAAUAAUUUAAAAUGUUCAGUAUGUCUCUAAAAAUAUAACUCAUUAAUCAGCAGUAAAUAUAUAUUUAUUUAUAGCUUUUAUACUGUUCGACUUAUCUACUUGACAAAAACUACGUGUACACAAAAUAGUAGGUCUGUUAAUAAGAAGACUAUUUCAUUUUAAGAGUUAAUUUUUUCUGCUUUUUUUGACUUUUUGUUAGAAUAAUUUUUUUACUCUAGUCUUACAUUUCUAUAAUGUCUUAAUAGCAAUCAAAAUAAAAUCCUUUUCCAGCUUUAUACUGCUGAAAUCCUUUUAUAGCUUGCUCGUAGCUUUACCUUACUCUUGAAUUAAAUUAAUUUUAUACAUAAAGUUAAUGACAAACCGGAUCAUAAAUAAUUGUUAUUCAUUUAAAUUUAUGGAAUCCUGGGCUAUUUUUAAUUUCUUUUUAUUUAGAAAAUAAACUUUUUUUGUUCAGCUGUUUUUGUACACGAUUGUAUGAUAAAUUCUUACUGCUGAUUGCACAUGCUGGUGAUUGUAUACUAGUGAUAUACUCAGAAGUGUCAAACAUUUCGAGUUUUCCAUAAUUAUUAUUGUUUUAUAUUGAAAAUUGUGUAACAAAAAUUGUAGUUUUUGACAAUUUCGUAACAAUCUCUUUCUGUAUGACAGCACAUAAUAUUUUGCUAACUUACUAUUAUUUUUUAUUAAAUAAUACUUUAAAUUUAAUGAUUUAAAAAAAACUUUCAAAAGGAUGAUUUCAUUCACUGAUGUUGUAAAUUGUUUCGUAAUUUGGCAUCUUUACAUAAGUGUUACUUAUUUUAUUCAAUAGUAAAUUAAUGCAUAAUUUAAUUUAUUUUAUAUAUCUAUAUCGAAUUAAAGAAUAAAUACACUUUAAAUGUGAGUAAAUUUAAAUUUCAUAAAGGCUGACAUGUAUAUAUUUCUGUUAUGGUUUUUCUGAUAAAUGAUAGCGAGAUUGGAAAGUUCAUAAGUCUGUAUACUGAUGGUAACUGAUUUUAUAAUGGAAUUUAGAUUAAAAACUGUAUUUUUGACUUGUAAAUAACAAAAAAAUUUUAAUUUUCACUUUAGGCUACAGUAGACUCCCAAUUGAAAAUUAUUCUUAGUUGAU